AUGAAGGAAUUAACAACCUGUGACCAAGAGACUGUAUUAUUCAUGUACAGCUUAGGUAGUCUUUUGGAGGUGGUAUGUCAGAUAUGCUCUGGUAUGAAACUGGUAUCUACAGGCAAGCGGAAUGAAAAAGGAGCAUUUGAUAUCAACUCAAAAGUUGCUCUUGCAAUGAUGCACUCUGGAAUGGGUCCUGAUGAUGUUGUGAAUUUUCUCAGCACAUGUAACAUACCCCCACCUGAUCCCAAGACACUGAAAAAGAAGGAGAAAUGUAUAGCAUUGUCACUUAUGGAUGAGGCAUCUGAUUCAUGUAAAACUGCUAGUGCAGAAGAAAAAGCUAUUUCCCCAAGUGAUGAAUUGGAAUGCAGUUUUGAUGCUGGUUGGCAAACAAGAGGCUCUGGUUGGCAAUAUAACAGUAACACAGGACAUUCCAGUCUAGUUGGUGUAAAGACAGGGAAAAUUCUAGACUGAUAAUUUGAUAUAAGAACUAAACUUUGCAGUAUAUGCCAGCAUCAUUUGGGAAGAAAGGAAACAAUUCCAAAUCAUCAAUGCAACAGUAAUUGGCAAGGGUCAAGUAAAGGCAUGGAGCCUGACAUGGCUUUAUCCAUGGUUACAAGGAUGGACGACAGAGGGUGCACAGUUGGCAUUAUUCACGCAGAUAAUGACUCUACAACAACAUCAAGGCUGAAGCAAAAAUUUGAAAAAAUUAAAAAAAGAGACGACAAGAACCAUGUCAAGAAAAAUCUGUGGAAACAACUGUAUGCAGCAGCAAAUAAGUACAGAGAGCUGAAGGGAAAAGGAGUUAUUCCUUACAUACUUAGAUGCUAUAUGUAUGCUAUAAGUUCAAAACAGUCAAAGGAGGAUGAACUUUGUGAAAGAUUAGACAGUAUAGUUCCACACCUCUUUGGAGACCAUUCAGGCUGUUCUGGGGAUUGGUGCACAUAUUCCAAGCAACCAUCAACAUACAGAUAUAAACAUCUCCCAAAAGGUGAACCAUUGACAAAUGAGAACCUGCGUAAGCAGUUAGAGACAGUGACAGAAAAUUACAAGAAAAGAUCAAGCCAACUUGUAGAUUUAGGGUCAAUACAGAGCAAUGAAAACUUCAACAAUAUAGUUGCAAGCAAGGCUCCAAAAAAUAGAUCAUAA